AUGUCAUCUUCUACAUUACGUAUAAGCAAUCUCGAAGAAUUACCUGAUGAAAUACUUUUAUUAAUCUGUGGAUAUUUAUCAUCUACUGAUAUUCUCUUCUCUUUCUAUGGUCUUAAUUUUCGACUUUCUCAAACAAUCAGUGGUUUUUGUCGACAUGUUGUUCUGGGACAAGUUUCAUUUAAGCAAUUCAAUUAUAUUUGCAAAGCAAUUCUACCGGCUAUUGGUACUAAUAUUUGCUCAUUAGUUGUGAGUAAUGACUGGAAAGGCGUUCUCUCACAAAUAUUUCUUAACUACUUCAGUGAAAAAAUGUCUUUGGCAUUUCCACGUCUAAAGCGUUUGAUCCUCACUACAUUUCGUAUUGGUUCGUUAAUGUCGUUUCUUGAUUGUCUUCAAAAUUUGCCUGAAUUAUUUGAACUCAAGUUAAUUAGUUUGUAUGAGAUGGGCAAGGAGUCAGCUAACGUGGAAGUAUUACUGCACCGAAUUUUUACUGCAAAUAAUAAUCGGUUAAGCUCGAUUUUCUUUGACGAUGAUUCAUUAUCUUUUCCAUAUGUAAGUAACAAUGAUAUAUGUUAUUCACACAUUGAAAAGUUAACUAUUGAAUUAAAAACUCUAAAUGAUCUUUAUGAACUUCUUACAGUAUUGCCUCGACUAAAAUACCUUGAUGCGGCUAUCAAUGAUGGAUCCUCUAAGUUUCCUGAAGAAAUACAAAAUAUUCUAAUCCUUACUUUAAGACAAUUUCGUUUACGUUCAUUUGUUCAUAACUGGAAUCUUGAUGAACUUGCAUUAUUUUUAAAACGUAUUCCUAAUGUUCAGGAGCUCACGAUUCAGAUUAAAACUGACUAUGACACUCGUCUGAUCGAUGGUCAACAAAUAUUUUUUCAUAUAUCAUCCUUAUCUCUGACAAAGUUUAGUUAUUUUCUUGAAUUUGACUAUUCACAUUCUUUUGAUGAUACAAAUAUUCUUUCUAGUUGGCAACAAUUUAAUCAAGAAUUUAUUUGUAUUAAAAGUGAUGAUAAUAAUACUCUAGUUCUAAUUACAUUACCUUUCGAGUGUUCUUAUUUAUUUCUUCGAUGUUCAAUAGCUAAAAACAAAAUCUUUAGCGAUAUUUAUGGUUCUCAAGUUAGAUAUUUAACUUUAUGUGACGUUUCAACACAAUUAGCUGAAACAUUCUCCAUCACGAACAAGUGUCAUCGGAUACACACUUUCGUUCUAAGAGUUGAUGAAACGAUUGUCCCAAAAUCUGUUCAACAAAUUCAACUUUGUAAAUUGCCUUAUCUUAAAUGUUUUGUGGCACUGGAAAAACCUUCAGUCAAUGCAGAUGAUUUUAGAAAACUAUGUGAAGCAUCACCUAAUUUAUAUCAUUUAGCAGUCAAUUACGAAUUUAUUGAACCGAUGUUUGACAAUAAAUCUGUGUGUUAUUUUCUAGAACAUCGCAUUACUCAUUUACUGAUCAGUGUAACUUCGAUUAUAAGUCUUGAGCCGGUUACUGUUUCAAUAUCUCGCCUUGCAUCUGUGUUUCCAUCAUUGAAACAUUUAUAUUUUUACAUAGAAAUAUAUAAUCAAUCUGUGGAAUCAUUAAUUUUAUCUAUUUUUAAUCAUUUAAGUAAAUGGAAUUUUCUAGUAUCAUUUGGUGUAGCAAAUAUAACAAUGGAUUCCAAAAUACUGGCAAAAGGUAUUCGUGAAUGGGUACUUGAAAAUUCAUUUUUGAAUGAUAACGACUCAUUUCUUACUGAUUACAGUGCAGAGACAUUUCGUCUUUGGCUUUAA